ACCGAUAUCAAGAUUACGGGGGUGGAGUAGCAUUCCCCAAAUCUGGACAAGAGUCCAAUCCUCCUUCAGACAUCGAAAGGACUAUGAGACGUCUCACCCUCAACACUCGUCCCGCACAAGAGACUGCCGCCGCUCAACGUCAGUAUGAACGAGGACGGAAAAUCUCGGGAGGUGUUCUGGGUCUAAGCGGGUCGACUAAUCAGCAAGAGGCAUACAUGAACCAACGACAAGGAGAACGAUCCCGAUCAAGACCACCAAAUGAACGAGCGAGACCCAUCAGCCAAGACUUUAGUGGUCGACAGCUGUACAUGCCCACUGGAGGAAGUAAUAUUAGUGGAGCAGACCCUGGACUAAUGGAUACUUCGCAACCAGGAGUCGUUCCUCGUCCACAGUCUCAAUACGUGAAUCCGAACACGAUGGCUGGGGGAGACAGACCUAUGAAUAUAUCCCAGUAUAUG